CCGCUGUAGGCGUCUUCCUUGCUCAGUGGCGGUCGUGGUGAAGUCAGUCGGUCGCUUGUCACUAACCCGCGCGCUCGCACCCCUCCCUCGGCUAAAAAAUGUCAAAGUUGGAUCAGAUCCUCGUCCUCGACCCUCCCUCCGACCUCAAAUUCAAAGGUCCCUUCACAGAUGUCGUCACCACCAGCCUCAAACUGAAGAACCCCUCCGACAAAAGAGUAUGUUUCAAAGUCAAGACGACGGCGCCGCGCAGGUACUGCGUGCGGCCCAACAGCGGUGUCAUCGAGGCGGGCGCCACCGUCAGCAUCUCUGUUAUGCUGCAGCCUUUCGACUAUGACCCCAACGAGAAAAGUAAACACAAAUUUAUGGUGCAGAGUAUUUUUGCUCCAUCCAGCACGUCUGACAUGGACUCUUUGUGGAAAGACGCAAAACCCGAUGACCUCAUGGAUUCCAAGUUAAGAUGCGUCUUCGAGCUGCCUUGUGAAAACAAUAAAAUGAACGACGUGGAGACGAGCAAAGCUGCCUCCGUGAUGAACUCGGCCAAAUCCGAGCCGUCCGCAGCCGCCGCGCCCACCGCCACUUCAGCUGCCGCCCUCCUGGACGACACGGAGAUGAAGAAGGUGAUGGAGAAGUGCAAGCGGCUGCAGAGUGAGAUGAACAAGCUCGCUGAUGAGAACCGGCAACUAAAGGACGACGGCACCAGGAUGAGGAAGAUGGCGCGCUCGGAUCACGCCACGUCCAACACCGCCGGCCUCCUGGGCCGAGAGGCCGGCUCCGCCUCCCUGCCGUCCCUCCUGGUGGUCAUAGCCGCCAUCUUCAUGGGAUUCUUCCUAGGGAAGUUCAUCUUGUAGCCUAGCGGCUGCUGCGCCCUCGAGAUAAGCCUGGAAAAAAAAAAAAAACAGCGAGAAGUCUUUGCGUUGACGUUUGCCAUAUCACUGCUAGUGUGGCCGACAGUGAACACACGUGUAUUGCAUCAUCGCAAGGCGCCGCCCUUUUACUCACACGGUUAGCGCACAAGAAAGGAAGGCGACAAAAAAGCGACUUGCUCCCUUUUUUUUUUUUGACAGCUGGGUUGUGACAGGACAUCAACGUUGUAAACGGUCAUGGAAGUGAAAAAUAACCACAAGCAUUGAUUGAUACUCUCGUGUUUUAUUUGGAAUGAAAAAUGUUAACAGUCACGUAAAUUGUUGUUUUAAAGCUUUUAAACAAAACCAGAACUUCCAUCUUCACCGGAUCACUUUGUUCCCCCUUUGUAGUUUCUACUUCUCUCGGAAUGUUCACGUCCAGUCGGGGAUAUAACGGUGCCUCCUUCUUCUUGUACAUUUGUCUCUACUUUACCCACCAAUGCAGACUUUAUAUUAUAUACAAAUCUUUAUUCCCUCGGAGGCAAGUACUGACUGAAAUGGGUCACCAUUCUUUAAAUCCUGUCCCAUGAUAUUAAAGCAAUGAAAAAAUAAAAAUGAAAAACAA